CGGUCUGUCCGAUAAUUCGCCUGAAUGAAAACAGAGAAGCGACGCCUCUCUCGGUGAAGCAGUGUUGUGGCGAUUAAGCUCGACCGCGCAUCGUGUUGUCUUCUCGGGUGUCUACGGUGUACAUCUUCUAUCGGAGCUCCGUGUGCUGGGAGUGACACAGCAGCAUGGACCCACGAAAAGUGUCAGAGCUCAAGGGCUUCGUGCAGCUGUGCGAGUCCAACCCCGGGAUCCUGCACCUUCCAGAGAUGAGCUUCUUCCGCACCUGGCUGCUCGAAAUGGGUGCAACAAUACCUCCCCCACCCAAGACACAGGACACAUGCCAGGGCGGCUGUCCUUGUGGUCCCCCUCCGACAGCCUCCUCCCCGCCGGAGCCGGAGCCUCCUCUGCUGUCUGAGAGCGAGGAGAGUGAAAUAGAAAUCGACAAAGAGGGAGUCAUCGAGCCGGACACCGACGAGCCGCAGGACAUGGGCGAGGUUGACAACACUGAGGUCACAGAGGAAAUGAUGGAACAAGCCAACGAGAAGAAGAUCGAGGCCAUCAAUGCUCUAGGAGAAGGUGAUCUGCAGAAAGCUCUGGAUCUCUUCACUGAAGCUAUCAGGCUUAACCCCUGUGUCGCCAUCAUGUACGCCAAGAGGGCAAGUGUCUACAUCCAGAUGCAGAAACCCAACGCAGCAAUAAGAGACUGUGACAGAGCCAUCAGCAUCAACCCAGACUCUGCACAGCCUUACAAGUGGAGGGGAAAAGCUCACAGGUUGCUGGGUCACUGGGAGGAUGCAGCCAAGGACCUGGCCAUAGCCUGCAAACUGGACUACGACGAGGACGCCAGUGCGAUGCUGAAAGAGGUCCAGCCAAAGGCAAACAAAAUCAUGGAGCAUAGACGCAAAUACGAGCGCAAGAGAGAAGAGAAGGAGGUGAAAGAAAAGCAGGAGCGGAUAAAGAAAGCCAGAGAGGAGCAUGCACGGGCCCAGAGGGAAGAGGAGGCGCGGCAGUUCGGAGGAGGAUACUUCCCAGGCCCUGCUGGGUUCCCGGGCGGAGCUCCUCCUGGCAUGCCUGGUCUUGGUGACCUGCUGAAGGAUCCUGAGCUGCUAAAUGCCAUGAAGGACCCUGAGGUGAUGGCUGCCUUCCAGGAUGUGGCACAGAACCCGGCCAACAUCGCCAAGUAUCAGAACAACCCCAAAAUCAUGGCCCUCGUCACCAAGCUGAGUGCCAAAUUUGGAGCUUCCCCACAGCCAUAGACGGAGAAAAAGGACCAAAGUGGAGGGUGGAGGAUGGAGCGGAGGGUGGAGGGGAUGAACAGUGUGGAGGGCGGCGCUUUUCUUCACUGUGUGUGGUUGUGUCGGGGGAGCAGGUGACGGGUUAACCGGUGUGUCGUAGAGGAAGCUGGGCAAUUUUUUAAAUGUUCUUAAUCCGCCUGUUAGCACUUAGCAACAUCUCAACAAAGCCACCCGAUGGUUAGGAGGCAGGUCUGUCACUUAGACGAACCCCACCACGCGUCUCGGCGGGGACGCUACUUAACCAAAGGUUGACGUUUCUUAACCUGUAUCUGGAACCGCUAAACCGGGAGCUCCUGCAUUACGACGCUCGCUCACAAGCAUUUCUACAACCAUUUAAUACGUGAUCAUGGUCUAGCUACUGGUUUUUCUUUAUGUGAACAGAGCCGAACUCUCAAACACGACCCUCGGCUAACUUUUUGUUAUCAGAUCUGUUAUUAUAAAUAUUAAAAAAAAAAAAGAAUAAAAAUGUACUUAUCUUGGUGUUUGACCCUGAUGGAAAAAUGAUUCAUAAUAAUAAAACCUCUGUUGCUGCACA